GAACACAUCAACCACGUCCGCACGAUGGCCGGGGUUGACUACGUCGGUCUGGGAGCUGGUUACGACGGCAUCAAUACGACUCCUGUGGGCCUGGAGGACGUGUCCAAGUAUCCUGAGCUGUUCGCCGAGCUACUGAAGGAUCCCUCCUGGUCUCUACAGGAUCUGAAGAAGCUGGCGGGCCUUAACCUCCUACGAGUCCUGAGGAGGGUGGAGCAGGUGCGGGAGGAGUUAGCGGGAGAGAAACCAUCAGAGGAGAUUAUUCCCAUCCACGACAUCGACACCCGCUGGCCCUGCAGGUACAAGUUCUCCAGCCUCGACCACGCCCGAACUUGACCUCCCGCGCCCACCACCACCACCACCACUAAGCCUCUUUCUACGCUUUCAUCUACGCCCUAAAGCCAAAGUUUAAGUCCAGCGUCUCUUCCCUCCCCUUCAGGUCCUGCGUCAGCCUGUAAGACACACAUCAACUUGGUACACAGGUAAAGAAUGUAGUGAUAUGACCCAGACACUUGAGGUGGUGAUUGGAGGUCAGAUUACGGGGUUAAGUCAGUGAAGUCACCUUGUUUGACCUCUUUUUUUUUUACGGCAUAUUGACCAGAGUAGGAAAAUGUGUUGGUGAUACAGGUUAGGAUAUAUUUGUGACCUUUGUUUGACCUCUCUCACGGUGAUAGUGGUAUAGGUAUACGUCUCACUGGAUCACCUGAAGAUUAUAGACACCCGAGGUUAUUUCACCUUAUGAUUCAAUAUCCUAACGCUAACCUAACCGAACCUAAGCAAAACAAACCCA